CAUUUACCGUAUUUCCAGUUGUGAUAGUGCGACACGGACUGGAAUGUAUUUGCUCUCAACAACUGGUAGCCGCCUUGGACAAAAAACAGUUCGGUUGAUGUCUUUGAAUGAGUGAGGUCACGAUUUCUGGUGUUUGUAAUAUCACAGAAUAAAGAAUUAUAAUUGUGUGAUAUUCGUUCCCCCGGUGAAUUUGUCAACGGUGAAAAGAUAGAGAUUAGAAAAUCUUCGUUUUCAUAAAAAGUCCUUAAUUCUUAAAUUUGUUUAAGACAAAAAACAAGGAUUUCGUCCUUAAAAUUUUGUUUUGUGUUCAAAACCUUUUUCACUGAGAAAAGAAUUCUCACAUAAAAAAAGUAUGUUUGGGUGAAACGAAAAAGAAAAAUGUGCGCUACUACAGUUAUUGUUAAAUCCUGCAAAGGAUUCUUUAACUUCCACAAUACAUUCCAGGAAUUACACCUGUGAAACGGAAUUUGCCAAUACAAAAAAAAAAGAAGUAAAAAAAACCAAAUUAAAUUCGGGGCGUUCGCAAAGUGUGUCUGUUUGCUUGCAAAAAAAAAAUAUAUAAAAUAAAAAGAAAAAGCAAAAUAAAAAAAAGAGAGAAUUUCACAAAAGGAAAGUGAAUGAAAUAAUCCUUUUUUUUCGGGGGUUUCCUUUUGUUUUCUGUUGAUUUCUGUUUUUUUUUAGAGAAUCCCUUUUUUUCCUAUAUUUUUUUUUCGUUUGCGGUAUUUCUCUCUGUACGUAUACCUAUGUGUCGUUUUUUUGAGUGAAAGUGCAGAAAAAAAAUACAUACAAAAAAGGAGGGAGGAUAGAAGAGGAAAAAAUCCUUUUUGUUGUUGUUGUUAUUCUUCGAUUCUACGAUUUUGUUCUUGUUGUGUCUCGUGAAAAAUAAGGAAACAAGCAAAUCCUUGGUGUAAAUAAAAAAGCAAAAUAAAAAAAAAUAAUACAAAAAAAAGAAAAAUUUUGUGGAAAUAAAAAAUUGAUCCUUGUUCGUCCUUUUUUUGUGAAAGAGUUUAACCAAUACACUUAUGCGGUAUAUAUACAAUAAUAUUGAAGGAUUAGGUACCUUAUUCCUCUCCGUCCGUCAAAGCUUAAUUAUCCACCAAAACUAAGGAUUCACCAUUUGCCAUUAGAUUGACAUCGAAGUGUUUGAAACAAGAGAAACAAACGCCCUUUUGAAUCUUUGUGUGGAAUAUUGCAUUUUCAUCGACACUAACUCGUCGUUUUGUCACAACAAAAUAGCGACAAGUUUGUUUGUGAGGAGAGCAAAAUAACACAAAUUUAUCCAUCCAACAAGAAAAAACAACAACACUAAAACAGUCCCACCAACAAAAGAACAAAACAACAAAAUUCUGAAGACUCAAGUUGAUCGUGAAAUAGUUCAUCUGAAAGAUCGAUCGUGUAUAGAAGAAGAACGAAACUAUAAUAAUCGACCAUCAAUCAAUCUAUCUUAAACGCCUCAAACCGCGAAUUUCACCGAUUCAAAGAAGAAAAGAUACAUUCUUUUGUAGAACGAUCCCCGUGCGUUCGAUCGUGUCGUGUCGUCGCGUUGCCGUAUAAAUCGUCGUGAUUUUUCUAUAUUCUUUUUUUUGUAUUCUCUUACAAAUAUUUCCUUCAAGUUGCGAGAAAAUAAUUCACAAAAUCCUAUGUUUAAUUCAAAGAAAAGCCAUUCUGCGCCAUCUAUCCUCUGACACGCGUAUCUCAUCUAAAAUCCAUCGAUCGGUAGCCAUAUUGAUUAUAACCAUAGUCAAUUUUUAGUUUUUUUUUUUUUUAUUGAAAGCGGUUCGUCGCCGCUAAUAAAUAAAUUCGGAUUAACCCACCAUCCACAGAAUGGCCGUUAGUAAUAUCGUUUGCGAGUGGUUACGUGCCCUCGGAUUGGCCCAAUAUGCGGAGAGUUUUCUCGAUAACGGUUAUGAUGAUUUGGAGAUUUGCAAACAAGUCGGUGAUCCCGAUUUGGAUGCGAUCGGUGUCGAAAAUACUUCACAUCGUCAUAAAUUGCUAAAAAGUAUAAGGCAAUUGCGGGAAAAAGGUGCGGCAAGUGUGUAUUUUAUGUUGAACGAUCCGAAUUCGUUGUCUGGGAGUACGGAGAUACUUUGUGAAACACCACCCAAUGAAUUGGAACUGAUCCUGAGGGAGCAGCUGGAAACGGAUGCGAUACGAUUGACAUCCCAUCCAUAUUCAACACCGGAUGGGCAACGAGGACAUUUAGAAGGUCUAGCAUCGGUGUAUUGUGAACUUCUAAUGGCUCCCUUUGGUGAUAUAUUGAGUGCUUUAGAAAAUGCCAGGCAAGCAGCAUGGGCGGAACGAAGUCCACAAAAUCCAGCGGGAAUGGGUACAACGCGAGGUCACCGCGGUCAUUCCAGUCAAGGUGGUCUGCCAAAUAGUCAUAGUCAGCCAAUUUAUGUGCCAGGAAAAUAUUCGCCUUCAAGUUGUCUGUCGGACAAGGAGGAAGACGAAAUUUAUGGUUUUGGCUAUGGAGUGUUUGCGCCCCGUGUGGCCCGAGGUGCAUUGCAACUUCAACAGCAAAUGAUACAGCAGCAACAACAGCAACAGCAGCAACAACAACAACAACAACAACAACUUUUACCAUUAGUGCCACAAUCACAACAACAACAACAGCUACAGUCCGGACAACAACAAUUACAAUCCGGACAACAGCAACUGCCUAACUCAGCGAAUUUAAAUUUAGUCCAACAAAGUUGCUUGAGUCCCAGGUCAGCGUAUUUUUAUGAAUUUCCUCCAACAACAGAAGGACGAGAAACAAAAAAGCGAACAACACUUGCUCGGCUUUUAAAAGGACUUAAGACUGUAAAUAGAAGAGAUCGAAAUAACCACCAAACAGCUGCUCAAGUAAGGGCGGCCAAUGAACGACUGAGACACUUCCAGACAAUGAACGGAGGACCCCAUCAAAGUUUCGAAGAGACAAUCCAUAGGUUAAAAGUACAAGAAGCCAUGCGAAAAAAGGAAAAAUUUCAAAGAGAGCACGAAGAGAUUCUCCGAGACAUACGGCAAGGACUAUUGCAAAUGAGUCGAGAGGGUAGAAUAGAUGACACGUACAUGUACGACGAUGCGGUCCGUGGGGCCGCCUACGGCAUGGGUGGCAUCCACCAUCAGGGACAUUGGUACGAUGAACCACCAUACGAAAGUGAUCCGGAUGAUUUUCUCAUGUCUGGAAUCAACUGCGGUCCUGCGGCUACAAUUCAGGGUGGUCGUGUACGUUUCACAUCGAAUCGUGAAAGCACAGGAGUAAUUUCAUUAAGAUCAGCCGGCGAUAUAUCCUUACCACAAAGAGGUCCACCCAGACGAGGUCUUAUCGUGCCACAACAGCCACCUAAUCCGCCAACAAUAAUACCCCUAACGCAUGCCAGAUCACAUGACCGAGAAAGCGGUGACUAUGCUGGAUCAAUUUCGGAUCUGCAAAGUGUUACUUCCCGGCUAAGUGCGGUUUCGAUUGGAACAAACAAUUGCACCGCACGAUAUCGGACUUUAAGUGGUGGAAUUGGUGAGUCGCCAUCUUUGUCACCGAGUCCUUCUUCCGAUUACGAGGAUAUAGCUGCUACUCGUGGCUUGGCACUUAGUUUGGCAGCAAAGAGCAAAAAGAAUGGCAAUCACAAAGGAACGACUAUUAGCCAGAAGGCGACCGUACAUCAUUCCAACGAAAUGCGAAGUUCACCAAAGGAAAUUGGCGUAUUUAAUGAGAACGGAAGGAAUUUCGUUGCCACAAAGGAUACCUCAAGGGAUUUCAGCAAUUCCCAGGAUAAUACAGACCGAGGAAGUAUGAGUGAUCAGGCAUUUGCUUGUUCGGCUAGUUCUGUAGAGAGUUUACCCAGUGCAUCCGGUUCAAGCACUCAAGCUUUAGUUCGUCCUGGUAGUCCACAUAGUUCGAUAUCCACCGAAGAUCGAACAUCAUUAGUGCCGAUUUGCAAAGCCAAAGCUCUUGUCGAUAGUUUGCCAAAUCCUUACGAUAAGGAAGCACUUAAAUUUAAGAAAGGUGACAUUAUUGAUGUACUUUCAAUGAAUGCAUCUGGGAUAUGGAGAGGACGUUGUCACGGACGUAUUGGACAUUUUAAAUUCAUUAAUGUCGAAGUAAUGCCAGAAAAUAGGAUAAAAAAUUUAAAUAACAAAAGUUUAAGCCGCCUGACAAAUACCAAUGGACCCAAUUCCGUUGAGGAUUUAUUGUUUCGCAUUGGAUUGAAGGAGUAUACUUCGGUGUUUGUUUUAAAUGGAUAUGAAGACUUGGAGCUAUUUAAAGAGCUUGAACCUGCCGAUUUGGAUUAUUUGGGAAUUGUUAUACAGGAUCAUAGAGCGAAGCUGUUAACGGCUGUGCAGUUGUUGCAUGACAUUGAAUGCUCCGAUGGUGAUAUAGCCGGCUCUAGUUCCGAAAAUGACGAAGCCCGACUCAACAACAUCAACAAAAAACACGGUUCUUCACCAUUUGGUCGCAGACACUUCCCACGUGAUUCGGGUUGCUACGAAGGCUCCCCGGUGCCAUCAUCCCAAACACCCACCCAAACAAUAACAUCCACCGAUGACUCAAAUAGCUUAGACGACGUUGUAACAAAAUGUUCAACAGAAAUUCUCAAACGUGUCGAAAGUGCACGUCGCCAAAAGGAAGCCAGCUCUGGGGGACCUCUAAAAGGUCUCUCCCGUGUCGGUAAGAAAGGUCUCCUCGGCGGUAGUUUAAUGGGCGAUGAAACUCUAACUCGCGGCGGAGGCUUGAGUGAAAAAUCAAGUGACUCGGGCGUGAGUAGUAGCUCCUUAUCAUCGAAUCCACUGAAGAACAACUCUUAACAUUUGCCGCAAGUCCUUGCGCAAGAGUUGGCAGCUGCAGCUGCCAAUUGCAAUACACUGCCACAGAUGUCUGUAUCGUCAAUGGCAAUGGUUAUGCCCUCUUGCGGCGGCAGCGUAACAAAUAAUUUAAAUCUUAAUCGUAACUUGGUCAUACUUCGAAAUCAUUUGCGCAAAAAUACGAUCUCAUCGAAUCAAUUUAAUGGUGUGGAUGCAGACGACGACGAUGAUGGUGAUCAUGUGCAUCUUCAUCCGCAUUCGGCGGAUCAAUAGCCCCUUGAAGAUAUGAUUAGUUCGAAUAGACCUCGUUUCUUGAUACGUUUUGAGAUUGUUCUUAAUUCGUUAUUUUGUCGUUCAUUUUAUACUCCGCUCAAGUGAAAGUUAAUAAUUGUAAAAUUUAAAUCA